AGAAGACACAAGAAAAAACAUCAAAAUGAAGGUUUUAACCCUACUUGUCAUUUUGUUGAUAUAUGAAGUAAAUGGAUUUCAGCCACAUCAUUCAGUAAAAGAUCAAAUAUCUAAUUACUUGAAAACUGCUCCAUGGGAACACGUCAAAUCAUUCGCCAAGAUUAAGACACCGCUAUCUAUGGAUAUCACAUCCAAUUACAGGCUUCCUGCAGGAACCAUUUUGAAUGGCUUAAAAGUCGUUACAGUUAAAGGUAAAACAGGGAAAAACUGUGUUGAUAUUUUAAAAAGAGAUCUUUCUACCAAGAGAAAGGAUGGUAUUUAUACAAUCAACCCUGACAACAAAAAUCCAGUAAAGGUGUAUUGUGACAUGACCACCGAUGGAGGAGGUUGGACGGUAAUUCAAAACAGGUAUGAUGGUUCAACUAAUUUUUAUCGCAACUGGAAUGACUACAAGAUAGGUUUUGGUAACAUUUCGCGGGAAUUUUGGCUUGGGAAUGACAUAAUUCAUGCUUUAACUAAAAAUGGUGACCAAGAACUUCGUAUUGAAAUGACAAAGUUUUCCGGAUCAAAAGUUUAUGCAAAGUACUCAAGCUUUUAUAUUGGUGAAGAAUCCAAAAAGUAUAAACUCUCAAUCAGUGGAUAUAAUGGUACCGCUGGAGAUUACCUAUUAGGUGGCCAAAACUUAAAUGGAAUGGCUUUCUCAACAAAGGACAAGGAUAACGACAAGUUCAUCAAGCGCCAUUGCGCAAAAGUGGAAUAUGGUGCUUGGUGGUACAAUCAAUGUUCCUACUCCGAUCUGAAUGGAAGAUACACUCCUAAACAACUGAAUUCCGGCUACUAUUUGUUCUGGGGAACAUCGGCAGAGAACAUGAAAACAACUAAGAUGAUGAUUAGGACGAGAUCCUGA